GGCGAUUGUGUACACGGCAGCAUACCAGCGACUACAGAGGAGGGGCCCACCACCCGUGCUGAGACACUUGCCACAGCUGCACCAGUCACGUCUUCCCAGCACACCCCUCCACCUGAUGACGCCGCUGUGUCUCGCUUACGGAGCCUUUCUCGUGACGAGAAAGGCAGGAGGCUUAUCCAGGCAGCUCAGGGCGGUGAAACGGAAGAGCUGAGGGCUCUGCUAGCAGUGGGGGCAGACGUGGGGUCGAUGGACGGCGACAGGAGCACUGCCCUGCACUGGGCAGCGUGGGAGGGACACGCGGAAGCGGUGAGGUGUCUACUGGAGAGUGGAGCACAGGUGAAUGCCCAGAACAUCAGGCUGCACACGCCUCUGCACUCAGCUGCAAGUGCUGGCCAUGCGGCUGUGGUGCGGCUGCUUAUGAGGGCCUCUGCUGACGCCAACAUCAGAAAUCUAUCGGGAUAUACGCCGCUGCACUGGGCGGCACAAGAGGGCCGAUUAGAAACGGCGAUUGUGCUGCUGGACUCUGGAGCCGACGUGGAGGCUAGGGACGAUGAGGGGAAUAUCCCCCGUCAGCUUGCCAGGAAGAACAACCAUCAGCAACUGGUACAGUUGCUAACAUUGUGCAUGGAGCCCCACACAUUUCUAGCGUGAAACAAUGUGAACUCCAAUAUACU